AUGGGUAUCAAUAAUCCAAUUCCUCAAUCAUUAAAAGCAGAAACGAAAAAGGCAACAAAAGUAUUACAAAGUUUUGUUAAGCCAAACCAAGUGUUCGGUGCAGAUGAAGUCAUUCCACCUCAUAUUUUAAGAAGAGCUAAAGGUUUAGCAAUUAUUACAGUUUUUAAGGCAGGCUUUUUGUUUAGUGGUCGUGCAGGUAGUGGUAUCAUUAUUAGUAGAUUACCCGAUGGUGAAUGGAGUGCACCAAGCGCAAUUGCUUUGGCUGGUGCAGGUGCUGGUGGUAUGGUUGGGAUGGAACUAACCGAUUUUGUUUUUAUUUUAAACACUCUUGAAGCCGUUAAAACUUUUUCCCAAUUUGGAAGUGUUACUUUAGGUGGUAAUAUGAGUCUUGCUGCUGGUCCCUUAGGUAGAAGUGCUGAAGCUGCUGCUACCGCUUCUACAGGCUCUGUAGCUUCAAUUUUUUCAUAUUCUAAAACUAAAGGGUUGUUUGCAGGCGUCAGUCUAGAGGGUUCCGUUUUGGUUGAGAGAAGAGAGGCCAAUAGGAAAGUUUAUGGUGGAAAUUGUACAGCCAAAUUAAUUUUAAGUGGUCGUGUUGAUCCCCCUAUGUUUGCCGAUUCUUUAUAUAGAAUUUUGGACUCCAAAGUGUUUUCUUACACAGAUUCAGAUGAUAACGAUGAUUGGGAGGCCAGGUCUAGUCUGUAUGAUGAUAUCCCAUCUUCGUUCGGUUCAGAGGAUGACAAUCAAUCUUAUUAUUCAAGAAGAGCGGGUGGGGGUAGAAGAAGAGGUGGGAAUAACAAUAGUAGAUAUGCAGACGACUUUGAUGAUGUUGGGUUUGAUAAUGAUUUUGAUGAUGAUGGAUUAAGGUCACCGCCAAAUAGAAGAAGAGGCAGUGGUAGACGUGGUGGUAGAAGUACUUAUAAUGAUGAUUUUGGAUAUGACGAUGGUGACAAUGAUUAUGAUAGACGUGGUGGUGGUAGUGGUAGGUAUAACAACGAUGACGGUUAUGACGAGAGAUUUUCAAGAGCAAGAAAAUACAGAAGCCCACCACAAAACGAUCUCAACAGUAGAAGAAGAGUAGGAUCGCCAAGAGGAACCGGAAGAUAUAAUGAUAGGGAUGAUGAUUUUUUUGAUGAUAAUGAUAAUCCUUCUGGGAGUGGAGUGAAUGAUUAUUAUAGAAGGGCCAGAGCUAAUUCGCAUUCUACUAGGACACGUUGGGAAGAUGAUGUAUAUGACACACCUGCAGGUGGUAGCAGCAGCAGCGAUAACAAUAGGAUACAAAGUAAUAAUGAUAGUGCACAGCCAUUAGCAUCCAAUCCGGCCAAAUACGAAAAAGAGAUUGGUGAUUCUGGCUUAACUUUACCUAAGGCUGUUGCUUUGUACACUUUUAAAGGUGAACAAAAUGGAGAUUUGCCAUUUAAAAAAGGUGAUGUUAUUACCAUUAUUAAAAAAUCAGAUUCUCAAAAUGAUUGGUGGACGGGUAGAGUCAAUGGCCAAGAAGGUAUUUUCCCAGCAAAUUAUGUUGAAUUGGUUUAA